CUAUGUCUUAUGUUAUGUGUGUCUCUGUGUGUGAAAUUGUUGGUCUAAGCGUGGAACCAGUAAACUUUUUAGUUUUAGAAUCUUCCAAACAAAACAAAUCCCAUCCAUUUUUUUUUUCAUUUUUCUCAGAACUCCUAUUUUCGGUUCCUCCGAAAAAAGCUUUUGAACAACCUUAAAACUCUCUCUCUCUCUCUCUCUCUUCCUUUAUUUAUGUUCUUCAAUAUCUUUCAAAAUAGAAACCCCAAAAACAAAAAACAAAAAAAAUUCUCUGUUUUCUUCUUUGUCAAUUUUAUCAUGUUUCAUUAUCUCUAAUGCUCUGCUCUCACUCCUUCACAGUUGAUGUGCGAAACGGGACUGAGUUGGGGUGAGUUAGCUGGAGCGAGUUAUAUAUAUAUAUAUAUAUAUAUGAUGGGAAUUGAGGUUGAUAAUAAUAAUAAUAAUAAUAAUGGUGGAGUGGUGGAAGAAACGACGUCGUCGUCGCCGGUGAGCAGGGUAAAGUUCAUGUGCAGCCAUGGUGGGAGGAUUGUCCCUAGGCCCCCCGAUGGUCAACUCAAGUAUGUUGGUGGCGAGACACGUGUCAUUGCCAUCCCUCGCGAUAUCAGCUUCUCAGAGCUAAUGAAGAAGCUAACUGCAACGAUUGAUGGGGACAUGGUUCUCAAGUACCAAGUAAUCCCUGAGGAACUUGAUGCCUUGGUGACUGUAAGAUCAGACGAGGACCUUAAGCAUAUGCUUGAUGAACAUGACCGCCAUGAAAGUGAAGGAAACCCGAAGCUCCGAGCCUUCUUGUUCCCUUCCAAUCCAAUCAUACUUGAGAACCAAGCAACCUCCAUUGAACCCCAUGUAUUAGAGCAGCGCUACAUUGACGCCAUCAAUGGCAUAUUUCGUACAACUCCCCAUCCUAAACUCACCUCUAUCAAUACAAAUAAAUCCACCUUCAGCAUUUCUUCUGGUUGUUCUUCCCCCCAUAGCAAUUCCCCUGAUGGCCAAAAUGUUGAUGCUAUUAUGACUCAUGAAGGCAACUUGUCAAAUGUCAACCAAAAUGGCAAGAUUUCAGUGCAUAGAGUACAAAGCUCUCCUACCCUUUAUUGCCUCAACAAUUUCCAAAAUCUCAGCAAAAACCCUGGAAACCAUCACCUUUACCAGCACCACCAACAUUACCACUUAAACCAUCAACACCACCUUCAUCACGGCUAUCAUCCUAGACCAAUGGAUUCUCACAGAGGUGAUGUUGGCAGAGAAAUGUUAACCCGAAAUUGGUCAUUGGGCAGGGUUGAUGGUGGGAGGAGCCUAAUGUGUCGUGGCCUAAACCCCCAUUACACAUCAAGUUCCCACCAUAGAGAGCCUGGAGGCUGCAUCAACUGGGGGUAGUACCAUGAAGAGCAUAGUGUCCUUGCGUGUACUAGGCUAAGUAGAUCUGGGAGUCUUUCUCGGAGUCCAAGAAAUGCCUUUUUGGAGGGUGAGAAGGCAUGAAGUUCUUCAAGGUAUUCAAGCAAUAAUUACCUUACAUCUCAUAUAUAUAUAUAUAUCCUCUCUCAUGUGAGACCUCACAUCGAAUGGAGUCUCACCAGAACUUUUAACAAUGGUAUAGAUGAUUUUUUUUUUUCUUCCUUCUAUACCUAAUAUUUGGUGUUGGUUUUGUAUGUUGUAUAUAGCUAUUGCAUAGAAUUGGAAUAGACUACAUAGUCUGCGUGUUAUGCGAGUUACCUGUAAAUAUAAUGAUUAAUGCACAUUUUAUCUAGUA